UACAGCAUACUGUAAAGGGCUGCUAUUAGCCUAAUCUUCUGCACUGCUGCCUAACUUAGAGGCAUUGGCUGAUCGCGGAGGGCAGCUCGAGCGAAGUUGACCCGUUGCCCGUUAAUCAACUAUGAAGAAGGAGAAGCCGCCUCCUGCAAGAAGCCGAACAUCUGCUCUGCUAUUCGGAAGUAAUGUUGUCACAGCACUCAAAAUCUCGAGACAAAUAUGGGAUACCCAUCAUGGGACGGAGAAGCAUCGAUCGUGCAGAGAAAAUCAAGCAGCAGUACGAUCGAGCUUGCGCCAGAGAGAAGCUCUUGGUUUCAACCGCCAAGAUCCGUGUUCUUCUAGAGCAGAUUGCCUUCGUUGAGAGAUGGUUGAUGCCUUAUUUACGGCCGUUGGAAGAAUCCUUGGCUGCGCCGCUAGCAAGUAAAAGCAUCGACGACACUCCUGACCGACUUGUGGAGGAGGAAGUCGCGAUCUUGACGGACAUGCUCGAACCAGCCCAGCAAAGAUGGAACGAAGUCGCCAAGGCUGUGUCAAUCAUCAUGACAUACACAAUGAGACUGGUCACAGAAGAUUUUCCUGACGCGGUGGAGAAAGAUGCUAGGUACCGGCCUUCCUCACUCAUCCGAGUGUGGACUGACAAAUCUUACUGUCCCUAUGAUGCUGACCUCGGGUUUCGAUGUCCUGGUUGGGCGUCCGGCGAACGCUUUGCGAGCUUCCAAGAUCUGCAAGAUAGAGAUAUCCUCACAACAAAGAGCUUGAGAGAUCAUUGCGAAAACAGGCAUAAUACCUCAAAUCGAUCGGUUUGGGUAUCUAUGACGGAUGACGUGUCAUGGGUAUUGGAACACGCGGAGCAGUACCGCUGGGACAGGACUCCAGACUGCCGUGUCGCACUUAUCAGUACCGACCGGCUCGACGAAUGCAACGUUCUCUGGGAUCAAUCAGACACCCUGGUGAAACGUGCUCACGGAUAUACAUGGAGCCCCUACCGCCCGGAUGGUGUGAUGUAUGCAUGGAACGGACACUUUCUAGCCCCUGCGUGGAUUCCAGAGCAGUGUAUUGUCGCCAUAUGAACCUUCAAAGGUUUGCUGCAGCUUUGCAAAGAGCGUGAUAUUCACGAAAACUGCCACGACAUCGUACCCCCUCAUACGCUUCUUCGACCAACGGUGUCACAUGAUGAGACGGUCGCGGACGGCUUGAACGACGCAAUGAACAAUCUCAGAGUCUGAAGAUUGUUUACGGCAAGAUCUGUGAACACUAUUUGAUUGGGAUCAACGGCACCAGCUAUUA